AUCAUACCCCAUGGCCAAAAAUAGCACUCCUCUCGCCCCUCUCUUCCAGCCACCCAGGAAAAAUUAGGGUUUUUCUUCUUUUCUGAUCCCCCAUUCCCUCGUGGUGCCCCAUGAAGGCUGGCAUAGCUGCCCUGGCAGCCGGAAUCCUCGGCGGCACUGGCGUCUUGCUCUUCCUCGUCGCCUUUGGGACAGAUUAUUGGCUCCUGGCUACGGAGACCUGCGGCGUCUUCGAGCAUGAGAACAGCACUCUGAGCACCGGGGAGGCUGAAACGCCGACGGAGACCAGGAAGGAGAUCCUCACUUUCCACCAUGAGGGCUUCUUCUGGAGGUGCUGGUUCUUUGGUGAGGGCCACCCAGAGAGCAUCUGGACCUUCUGGUACACCAGCCAAGCACACCCCAAGUUCUGCAUGCAUGGAUACCUGUUCCCCAUGCCCAUUGCUCUUGGACCUUUUCCCCACCCCUCCUAUGACACAACUGCAGUGUACAGAGGGUUCUGGACGGCGUUCAUCCUGCUGGCCGUGGCUGCCGCGCUGGUGGGGGGGCUCCUGCUGGUCUGUGGAAUUCCCUUCGUCAGCCCCCGCUCCUACAAAGUGGGAGGUGGAUUCCUCCUGCUCUCAGGAGGUUUAUUUCUCCUGCUGGUGUUUCUCUUCGUGAUGUGGAAGGAGUUUGCUGCUGACUUCCAGAAGUACAUCCUGCUGGAGAGGAGCGAGAGGUGCCUGGACGACGUCCCCGUGCACGUCUACUACGGGUGGUCGUUCAUGUUCGCCGCAGCCGGGGUGCCCCUGGUCCUGCUGGCUGGACUCCUCUUCUUCCUGGUGGGCAGAGACAUUAUGGAGUCCCUGGAGUAAGACAAGUUUGGAGAAGGCUUUGGUGAUGUAAAGAAACAGGCAUAAGUUUUUGAGGACUAGAUCAUUUUUGUAGCUGUAAUUGUCGGGGUAAAUCACACUCACUCUUACGUGGAGGCAGGGCUGGAGCACUGAGCAUCCAU